GAUUUUCGAAUUUUUGCUGACUUCGUCUUUAUUGCUUUAUUGUUGUUGUUCCGUAUUGAUGCUUUGGUUGUAACGAGCUUUGCCGUCAAAAACAUUAGUUCAUCGUUGUUCUAGUUAAAAUUACUGCUUGCGUAAUGGACGCUGAAAGAUUGGCAAAGCUCAAUGCUUACCUUAUAUCAAAGGGAAAGAAACCAAAAGAGUUAUCAAAAAAUUACAUAAAAGCAAAUGCUACGAAUGUAAAACGAGGAAUUCUGACUAAAAAGUGUCAAAACGUGGCUGAAGUGAAUUGUACUGAUAAAGCCACAAAGAAAUCUAUAAAGAUGAUCGAAAGUACUCAACCAAAUCUACCUAAAACUAUUAAAAGACUUCCUUCAAAGACCAACAAAGCUGCAAAAACUUUUGGCAGAAAAAGUAAUUUAACCAAUCAAAAGAUCAGACAGGGAGAAAACAAAUUUAAUGCGACUAAAGAUUCAAUGAAACAUAAUGAUACUCUUCUUGCAAAAACGCCAACCAAAGCAAUGGUAGCUAGAAACUUACAAGCCACACCUAUGUCCUCGAAAAAACUCUUGUCACAAAAACUGCUUCGUCGAAGCAUGGGGCAUGCUAUUGUUUCAAAAGAAAACUGCACACCAAAAAAGAUUUCUCAACCUAUGAGAACUCCAGUUUGUAAAUCUGUAACAGGACGAAGUAUUCUUUCGAAAUCGGUUCAACCUAAGAGCAGAGUAAGGACUUUUAUUGCUGAACAAAGGAGUAAAGCUCCAGCGCCCAAGAAACGACUGGCAAAGCAAUCUGAAAGAGAGGAGAGAAUGUUGAAGCUCAAAGCAUGGUUAAUAUCUCGUGGGAAAAGUGUUGAUCAUCUCCGUGGUUUUAAACCAGCAAAGACUAUGCUAACUCCAGUAAAUUCACCACAACAAAAAACUGGAAACAGCAGGACUUCAUAUUGGCCGAGGUUUAGAGAAGAGGACUACCAAGAUGAGAUCAGCAUACUGAUGAAACAUGCCAUGCAGGAAGCAACAGAUUGCUUGAAUGAGAAUUGUUCACCUACUGAAGUACAUCAGAGACUUGUUGAGUUUCGAGAGAAAAUCCCAAGUGCUGAACAACAUGCUAUAUACUGGAUCACCAUGGCUGCUGUUUAUGAAAAACUGGGAAAAUCGAAUGAUGAAAUAUUAAAUGUUUAUGAAACAGCUGUGGAUCUCGAUGCACAACCAUUGGAGCAGUUAAAAGUUGCGUUGAAUGAAUUUAUAUCAAAACCACCAAAAAUGGACAUAACCCCAAGCUAUUCUAUCAAUGAACAAGGAACAUCUUCUCCAACAACAAUCAGCCAACGUACAAGUCCAAUACGUGGCCAAGUAUUCCAAACUCCGAUAAAAUCAUCUCACCCUCCAUCACCUCUAGUGGCUGGAUCUCCUUCAUCCGUCAUCAAGUUACGGAUGAUUUCGAAAUCUUCACCAGUAUUUAAACAAAUCCUCUUGAAAAGAGCCCUGCCUCUUACCACAAGUGCCAUAGUAACACCGGUUCGUCGUUCGAAGAGAAUUGAGAAUGCAAGUUCAAAGUACCCGCAGUAUGUUCGACCCCACCACCCAUGUAUCACCAACCCACAAGAUUUGCUGGAGUCAAUGAAUAAGGAGAUGGAAUCAUGUGACUUUGUGUUUGACGAGAACAAAGCACUUGGGGAAGAUUAUGCUGAUGUUUCUACCAUUCUGAACUUGGGAUAACAGUAAAAUAUAUAAACAUUGUUUUAUAAAUAUAUAACUGCCAUGAUGCAUGGGAUGCCAAUGCAGUGUCAUUUUUUAAAUGCUGUUUUAUCCGCGCAUGUUUUGAUUACCCAUAAUGCUAUGUAUUAGCUCUGAUUUUAAAUUUUAACUCUUUGUUUAAUAAUUAUUAUUAAAAAUGCAUUGAUAUUGAACUAAAAUAUAUAUGGUUGGAAAAUAUUUAGGCAACAUAGGUGUUCCAUCUGUUCCUUUUGCUUAGUAUGUACUUAUUGCACAUAAACAGUAAAUAAAGAAUAAU